CCUAAUCAAUUUGAGCUGAUCAUAGUUAAUUGGUUCGAGCAUUUUUCCCCCUUAACAAAGAUUGACGUAUACCUUUGUGGAAGAGGUCUCAGAUGGUUAGCAAGUGACCAGAAGUGGCGACACGGAGAAUCUCUGUCAAGUUGUGGAUCCUUCAGUUUCACUCUGCAAAGUGUCUCUUUAUGCUCCACCGGUAUGGAGCUAAGCGAGGCUUGUAACGGGUUUUCUAAAGUUGCUUGAGUUCUGGAUAAACACCCCUUUAAUCAGAAUCCGAUUAAAGAGAAAGAAAGGUGGUGGUGUUCGAAUCACAAUGCCGGAGGUUAGGAUUAUUGCCAAAAAUUUCAUGGACAUGGUGGCUUCCAUGCCCGCCAUGAAGCUGGAUAAACUUUAUGAAAAUGGAUUCAUCUGUGAGGCUAUUCUCAGGUCUCUUCCGCCUCUUGCGAAGAAAUACGUCAUACAGAUGCUACAAAUUGAUGUGCCGGUGGCAGCUAAAUUGUUGGAGGAGUGGGUGCUUCCGGAUGGACUUUCAAAGCACAGAGUAGCCAUUGAUAGACUGGUUCAGUUGAGAGUUUUCCUUGAAGCUGUUGACAGGAAGAAUGAAAAGACAUACAAAGUUAAUCCAACAUAUCAGAGAAGUCUCCAAAAGCUUUUAGUACAAGGUGGAACUUUGCCAAGGGAAUCAAUGCCUUCCAAUAUUACUGUGAGGCUUCCAACCUUAGAAAAUCUCGAGGCUUAUGCUCUAGAGCAAUGGGAGUGUUUCUUAUUGCAACUUAUAAGCCCAAGUCAGGUUGAUAAGCCUUCAAAUAUUAGCUCUUCUUUGAUGAAAGUUUUCCAGCGACGUCUCCUUAGUCACAGAGACAAAGAAGCUCCAAAACUAACUGAAAGUGGUUUCCAGUUUUUGCUGAUGGAUACAAAUGCACAGCUUUGGUAUAUUAUCAGAGAAUAUAUCUCUAAUUCUGAGGAGAGAGGUGUUGAGGCAGCUGAGUUGAUCUCAUUCAUGCUGGAACUUAGUUUUCAUGUCAUCGGGGAGGGAUAUAGUAUAAACACAUUGACUGAUUUUCAGAGGAGCAUAAUUAAUGACCUGGCAGACCUUGGACUGGUCAAACUUCAGCAGGGAAGGAAAGGAAGUUGGUUUAUACCUACAAAAUUGGCAACCAAUCUUUCAAUGAGCUUGGCUGAUUCAUCGUCUAGAAAACAGGGAUUUGUGGUUGUGGAAACAAAUUUUAGAGUUUAUGCUUACUCCACUUCUAAGUUACAUUGUGAGAUAUUGCGGCUAUUCUCAAGGGUAGAGUAUCAACUUCCAAAUCUUAUUGUUGGAGCUAUUACAAAAGAAAGCUUGUAUAAUGCUUUUGAAAAUGGCAUUACAGCAGAUCAGAUAGUCACUUUCCUUCAGCAAAAUGCUCAUCCUCGUGUUGCAGAGAGAAUACCAUCUAUACCUGAAAAUGUCACAGAUCAGAUUAGGCUGUGGGAAGCAGAUCUAAACAGAGUUGAGAUGACAGAUGCAUAUUACUACGAUGAGUUCCCUUCCAGAGAUGUAUUUGAAGGUGCAUGUGACUGUGCCAGAGAAUGGAAUGGAUUGUUGUGGGAAGAUUCAAAGAAAAUGCAUAUGGUGGUUAAGACUGAGGUACAUCCAUACGUACGAGAUUAUUUACGCCGCCAAAAGUAGCAGCAAAGGCAACACCGCCAUCAACAUGCAAUGGAAAAACCUUUACCAAAACUUCAUUGUUUUGUUUCAUAAUUUUCUCCCUUUUAGAAUUAAAAAGGAAAUAGAAGAUCUUUAAUUCAAAUCCAUGUAAUGUAAAUGUUUCAGUACUGUUAAUAAUUUGUUUAUUGGUAUCAAUGCUUAUUUAUUAAGUAUUAGUUCGUUAUGUACAA